AUGCAGCUAGUCAAUUCUACAUAUGUGAGUUGUAGAAAUACGACAUCGUCUCAAAUGGGGUAUUAUAGUAGUGUAAAUGGUAUGGCUAGGCUGAUAAGGUGGUUCGCUGCUUUAUUUAGAGAAGGUCAACGUGGAGUUGACAACCACCCAAAUGGAGGGAAAAUACUAGGGGCACCACCAGUUAGUCCUCGUGAAAUAGAUGUUCCUGAAGAACUACUCUGUAAUCCAGAUGAAAGCAGGUUUAAAUUUGAUCAUUAUAAACCAACCAUUGAAGUCCAUUUUACAAAAGCCCGUACUCGAGAUAGUCAGGAUGGCAGCAUACACAGUACAGUACAAAAUGACGUUGUACAUGUUUCUCAAGCUUCUGGAACCAGUCCGAUAAGUGUUAAGGCAACAUCAGAUGAACUUCUAGAGUAUAUGAAAGAUGGUGUGUAUGAAGAAGAUUUGGUAGAGGCUUUAAGAACAGUAUUGCCUCCUGAUACUUUCCAUGGUAUGAUAAAAGAAGAUGAAGUAAGAAACCAGACUCAGAAUGGCUCAUAUCUUAUCAGAUCUAAAACAGUAAACACAGAAAUUGAUCACUGUAAAGCCAUGAUAAUAAAAGACAAAGACAGGGAACAUUUUGAUUCCUGUAGAAAACGACCACCAAAUCUGAUAAACUUCUUCACACAUUACAACAGAUGUCAACUUCAGAGCAGUAUCUAUAAUACAUGUGGGUAUCAUUGUGCUUCCUAUCUGAUAGACAGACAUAAGGGAUUAACAAUGGAUGAAUUCAUUGCAUCCUACCCUGGAAAGCUACAGGAAAAUGAUAAAAUGGUGACUGAAAGGUUUAUCAAACUUCAUGACGAAAAAAGAAUUCUUGCUUUAAAAAGUAAAUAA